AUGGCUAUAGCACACGGAAGAAAAAAUUCAGUGCAUGCUAUGCGUAUCUCCGAUAUUCCUGAAAAUCCUUACGAUAUGCUUAUGCCAAUUGGUGGUUAUGAGACGAUGCCGCUCGUCACACUCGAGAUCGCUAUCACACCCCUUAUCGCUCUUCUGCCUGAUAUUCAGAGGCAGGCUUAUAUCGCCAAACAACGAUGCAAGGAACCGGCUGAUGGUUUAACACCGGAUGAGUCAGCCUCGAUCAUGCUCUACACAAUGAGCUGGCAACCAUUAGACAAAUGUCUCUAUGCUGUCUUGAAUGACAUUCUUCGAUCAAAAGACAGACAAAAUUUGAAACCAUGGUUACCCUAUCUGAAGCUCUUUCUCACUGCACUUUCGCGUCUCCCGUCUCAACACCAAUUCGUAUACCGUGGAAUCAAACUAGACUUGAGUCAACAAUAUAAAAAAAGUGACACUGUGAUAUGGUGGGGCUUUUCUUCGUGCACUACAGCGAUCGAUGUUCUACAAUCCGAACAUUUUCUGGGAAACACGGGUACCAGAACAAUUUUUGCUAUUGAAUGUGAUUCGGGCAAAGACAUUCGUGAACAUUCCUGCUAUUCAAAUGAAAACGAAGUGCUUCUUCCUGCAGCUACUCAAUUUAGAGUGGUGGCUUGUCUGAAUCAAGGUCAUGACCUUUACAUGAUUCAACUGAAGGAGAUUCAGCCACCAUUUCCUCUCAUGCAGCCAGUGCCAAUCUUGACAACCAACCUACAACAUCGAUAUGCAACUCGUCCCACAUCUCAUGCAACAGCAUAUUCACCACCGUUUCAUGAUUCGUAA